AUGGUUCUCUGCGAGAAUGUUAUUUACACCAAGGCUAGCGCCGGACAGCUAUGCAAGGCUAUGGUCCUCAGACUGGUGACGAAUCCCCUCGUCGUCCAGUUUGUUAGAAACGCCGGCUUCGAUGUUGUGUGGGUUGAGAUGGAGCACUCGACCUACUCCAUUACUGAAGCCAGCAUGCUCGCGAGCGCGGCCAUGAUGGCCGGCAUGACGCCCAUUGUUCGCGUGCCGUACCAGUGCGGCAUGGGUUACGUUCAGCAGGUCCUGGACUCUGGGGCCAUGAUGGUCGUCUUCCCGCACAUAGUCUCGGCUGCGGAGGCUAAGGAAGCCGUCAAGAUGUGCAAGUUUCCCCCGUAUGGGAAGCGGUCGCUGUGGCUCCAGCAGGCUGCCGUGGGCCUCCGUACCAUGCCGAUGCAGAUGAUGGCCGACGAGGUCAACUCAAUGGCGUCGGCUGUAGGCGUCAUGAUCGAGGCCGAAGAGAGCAUUAUAAAUGUCGACGCCAUUGCGGCGGUUGAUGGCGUCGACGUUCUCAUAGUCGGCUGCAUCGACCUGUCGAGUGAUAUGGGUAUCCCCGGCCAAAUUGAUGCACCCAAGUUCAAGGCUGCGCUCAAGGCCGUCAGCGUGGCAUGCAAGCGCUACAACAAGGUCUUCGGACUGGCUGGUAACUAUAAGGACCUCGACUUCCAGGACUGGGUCAUUAACACUCUGGGGGUUCGUCUGAUACUGGCUCACGUGGACUCGAACCUCAUCUCGGUCGGGGCGAUGGAAUGUGCAGAGAGGAUAGCCACCAUUGAUCGAACCGUUGUGCAUAACUAG